AGGAGGCCAUCAUCAUCUUCGGGUCAGACGAAAAUGUUGUUUUUCGUAAUCGAACUGAAAUAACAAAGUUUUGCCAUAUUUUGUGCAAUACGGUACGGAAAAGUUGUACAGAAAAGUAGCUAUAAAUUUUGUGCGAUGUUGUUUCUGGCCUGGUAUCUAGCUAGCUCGGUUUAAGAGAAAAAUUCAGUUGAUUUUGAAAGUGGGCCUCGAGUGAUAUUGAUUGUCUCACAAUGGCGUUUUGUUGAGACCAAAUUGCAAAGCGAAAAGGGAGAUGUUUUUUUCUUCAAUCGCGUCAUUAUGAAAUUAACGGAACUGAAGUGAGACCGUAGUGUUCAAAAGUGUAAUUUGCUGCGUUACGUUUGCUCAGAAAGAUUUUGUGUUUGAAAAUACAUUUCGUUAGGUACGAAGAAAUUAAUCCCAGUGGAAAGUUCUAAUAAAAAUCUAUACACAUCAGCCUAAUUUAUUACGAGCAGCUACUGUGUUGCCCAAAAGGAUAGUAUCUUAUUCCGAUGCAUCAGGAGUCCGGUUUCCGGAACAAGUUCAGCAAAGCUGGAACCGUCUGAUAUUGGUUUGUGGGAAAUGUCCUCCUCGGCGGGACAUCAUCUAACGGCGCUGCAGUCGUCCGGAGGGAGCAACGGGAACAGCACCGUUACGUCCGGUGCCAGUACCCGUUCGAUGCUUUCAGUGAAUCUGGAAGCAGCCGCGAUGGCUAGUGAUCCCCUAAGGGAUUUGUUCGAGGCCUGCAAAACGGGUGAUCUGGUCAAGGUGAAGAAGCUAAUUACAACACAAACGGUAAACGCAAGAGACACAGCCGGCAGGAAAUCCACUCCACUGCAUUUUGCUGCAGGUUAUGGUCGUCGAGAUGUGGUGGAAUUUCUGCUUACAAACGGAGCAUCGAUUCAGGCUCGUGAUGACGGUGGACUGCAUCCUUUGCACAACGCAUGCUCAUUCGGCCACGCCGACGUGGUUCGUCUUCUGCUGGAAGCCGGUGCCAAUCCAAACACCAGAGACAACUGGAAUUACACACCUUUACAUGAGGCAGCUAGCAAAGGCAAGGUGGACGUCUGCAUUGCCCUUUUGCAGCAUGGAGCUGAUCCCAACAUCCGCAAUUCGGAGAAUAAAAUUCCCCUGGAUCUAGCCGAUUCUUGCACACGACCCGUACUGACCGGCGAAUAUCGAAAAGAUGAACUACUGGAGGCAGCACGGUCUGGCUCGGAGGAACGUCUUUUGGAAUUAUUAACCCCACUUAAUGUAAACUGCCACGCAAGUGACGGCCGCAAAUCGACUCCUCUCCAUCUGGCAGCUGGCUACAACCGGAUACGAGUUGUACAGAUUCUACUGCAGCAUGGUGCCGACGUACACGCUAAAGACAAGGGUGGUUUGGUGCCGCUACACAAUGCCUGUUCCUACGGUCACUUUGAGGUGACCGAACUGCUGAUCAAGCACGGUGGAAACGUCAACGCAAAUGAUCUCUGGGCUUUUACGCCGCUACAUGAAGCUGCUUCCAAAAGUCGGGUGGAAGUCUGCAGUUUGCUACUGGCCGAAGGAGCCGACCCAACGCUACUGAACUGCCAUAACAAGUCGGCCAUCGAUUCGGCGCCGACUCGGGAAUUGCAGGAGAAAAUUACAUAUGAAUAUAAAGGACACUGUGUUCUGGACGCUUGUCGUCAAGCCGAUAUGCAAAGACUUAAGAAGAACCUCACGACAGAAACAGUUAAUUUCGUUCAUCCGUACUGUGGUGAUACACCGUUGCAUGCCGUGGCACAAUCUGUCUAUCCGAAGCGGAAACAAGUGUUGGAGGUGUUAAUACGGAAGGGUGCUCUGCUGAACGAGAAGAACAAAGACUUCCUAACUCCGCUGCAUAUUGCAGCGGACAACUCACAUUAUGAGAUUAUGGAUGUUCUACUGCGCCACGGUGCCAAGGUGGAUGCACUAGAUGGUCUCGGCCAAACGGCACUGCACCGGUGCGCUCGGGAGGACAACAUACAAGCUUGUCGUUUGUUACUGUCGUACAACAUCGACACAAGCAUUGUUUCACUGCAAGGUUACACCGCCGCUCAGCUAGCGACUGAGAAUGUACUGAAAAUUCUACAAGAUCCACCAUCGGACACGGUGGAUCUCGAGUGCCAACUAUUGGAAGCAGCCAAGGCAGGUGAUCUCGAUACAGUUCGACGAAUUGUGCUUUCAAAUCCCAUGACUGUCAACUGUCGCGAUCUAGACGGGCGGCACUCGACGCCGCUGCAUUUUGCGGCCGGUUAUAACCGUGUUCCGGUGGUGGACUUUCUUUUGGAACAUGGCGCCGAAGUUCAUGCUUCCGAUAAGGGCGGACUGGUACCGUUACAUAAUGCUUGCUCCUAUGGGCACUACGAGGUAACCGAACUCUUGGUAAAGCAUGGAGCCAAUGUAAACGUAGCGGACUUGUGGAAGUUUACUCCACUUCACGAAGCCGCAGCCAAGGGGAAGUAUGAAAUUGUCAAGUUGCUGAUCAAGCACGGAGCUGAUGUCACAAAAAAGAACCGCGACGGUGCGACACCGCUGGAUCUAGUGCGCGAAGGCGAUCAAGAUGUGGCAGAUCUGCUGCGGGGAAAUGCAGCACUGCUGGAUGCUGCCAAAAAGGGUAACCUAGCACGUGUUCAACGACUUGUUUCGCCAGACAAUAUCAAUUGUCGGGAUGCUCAGGGACGGAACUCAACACCGCUUCAUUUAGCUGCUGGUUACAAUAAUUUGGAGGUGGCUGAGUAUCUCUUGGAACAUGGCGCAGAUGUCAAUGCACAAGAUAAGGGCGGUUUAAUUCCAUUGCACAAUGCUUCUUCCUAUGGGCACUUGGAUAUCGCAGCUUUGCUAAUUAAGCACAAUACGGUGGUAAAUGCCACCGAUAAGUGGGGUUAUACGCCUUUGCAUGAAGCAGCCCAGAAAGGCCGAACCCAGCUGUGUUCACUUUUGCUCGCUCAUGGCGCCGACCCGUUCAUGAAAAACCAAGAAGGGCAAACCAGCCUGGAUCUGGCGACCGCCGAGGAUGUCAAAUGUUUGCUACAGGACGCGAUGGUUGCGUCGCAAGCUUCUACAGCUGCUGGAGGCGGCACGGGUGUAGCCAACAGUUCAUUGUUAGCUACCACUUGCUCGCCGACAACUGAGACUGUUACGCUACCCACGGGUGCGUCCAUGACUUUAUCGGUUCCAGUUCCACAGCUCCCCGUGCGCAGCUGUCUUAGUCCAGCGCAAGGUGCGGAAACCAACGCGGAUGGUGUCGUCAUGGAUGACGACAAGAUGCAGCAGGUCGUAUCUAUCGAAUCUUCCGUGUCCGCUUUUCUCACUAGUUUGCAGUUGGAACAUUUGAUUGAGUUGCUCGAGCGGGAGCAAAUCACAAUGGAUAUCCUUGCCGAGAUGGGUCAUGAAGACCUGAAGCAAGUCGGUGUGUCGGCGUAUGGUUUUCGCCACAAGAUACUGAAAGGAAUUGCUACCUUGCGUGCUACAACGGGUCUUGGAUUGACACCCAACCCGGGCACUCUUCUGGUGGAUCUUCUUCCCGAUGACAAGGAAUUUCUUGCCGUUGAAGAAGAAAUGCAAGCUACGAUUAGGGAGCAUAGAGAUAACGGUCACUCCGGAGGAUUUUUCACCCGAUACAAUAUCGUUAGGGUCCAAAAAGUUCAGAAUCGUAAGCUAUGGGAACGGUACGUUCACCGUCGGAAAGAAAUUUCCGAAGAGAACGGCCACCAAGCUAGCGAACGCAUGCUGUUUCAUGGAUCUCCUUUCAUAAAUGCAAUCGUACAGAAGGGCUUCGAUGAGCGACAUGCUUACAUUGGCGGUAUGUUCGGCGCUGGCAUUUACUUUGCAGAGCAUAGUUCCAAAUCGAACCAGUAUGUUUACGGUAUUGGUGGCGGAAUCGGCUGUCCGGCACAUAAGGAUAAAUCCUGUUAUCAGUGUCAUAGGCAAUUACUGCUUUGCCGAGUAGCGUUGGGUAAAUCGUUUCUUCAGUUUAGUGCAAUGAAAAUGGCGCACGCACCACCGGGACAUCACUCUGUCAUCGGACGACCAUCAGCCGGUGGGUUGCAUUUUCCGGAGUACGUCGUCUACCGCGGUGAACAAGCCUACCCCGAAUACCUAAUCACCUAUCAGAUCAUGAAGCCAGAUGACAGUGGAAGCACCGAGGAACCAGCAAGAUGAUGGACAAUCUCUGCAGUCAGUAACAUCGGUCAGAACAACAAUAUUCAUUUCACGAACAGCAAUAGUACCAACAGUGGCAGUAAUAUUAGCAACAAUAACACCAAUUCCACCACGAUCGCUUCAGUCCAGGCAUGCAGUUUUACACGUAUUCGAUCCACUACUCGAUCAACCAUGGCUAGGGCGACAGCAGUGCGAGUUUCUACGGGUAAGAAAUUCAGCCAACUCCUCAUUAUCACGCCAGCAGUUGUAAUCGAUAACAACAACGACGGUGGCUACAAUGGUCCCUUCCAUUCCCACGACAGUGGUUGUGGGAGCAGUGGCAGUGAUACCAGUUUGGAAAGUGAUAUUGGUACUCAAUUUAACGCUGCCAGCAGUAUUGCUAACGACGGAAACAAUAACGACAAAUCGAAUAGACCAACAUUACUACCAAAAGCUAGAAGACAACAGCAGGUAGUAUCCCAAAUGUCGUCUUCCUCAACCACUAAGAUAACGACCACCACUAGCUGUGGGAGCAGUCAGACCCCCUCGUGGCGAUGGUGUUCGAUCAUUUGUUCGGCAGUCAGGUGUUUCAGGCCAGCUUCACAACCUCAGCAGCAUUUCGGUUCCAUCCACUAUAGCACAAAUGGUGGCAACGUGCCACUCGUUAAUAAUCGCGCGAGCUUCGCUAAAAAUCCUCUUUCUGCUGGCAGUACUGGUGCAAAUGGUAGAGAAGUCCGGCGAUCCAGUGCGAGAUUUAGUAGCAAUCAUAUCUAUGAAUAUACUAUCAAAAGUUAUAGAUCGGGAUCGAAUGAAAAUGAUUACAUCAAUAAUAACCACAGUAGCAACGGCAAUAGUGAGGAAAAUCAUUCCGAAAGCGACUCAAGAGAUAGAAGCAACAUCAUGUAUAAGUUGUGACGGGACACAAGGAUUUUCCAAAUAUACAAAAAAUAUCACUUGCUUUGGUUGCCGCUUGAAACCCCUUACUGCCAAUAUCAAUGCGUAAUAUUCACUCUAUAUUUUUAUGAAUAUUCUCUACUCAAGACAGACGAUUGAUUUCAGAAGAGACAUUAGGUACCCGUAAAGCGUAAUUAAAACGACAGUAGUAUUGAAUCACAAACUUUUAAGCAAACAAGCUAUAGCUACAAAUUCUACCCUUGUAUACCACAUAAUCACACAUCGAAUAAUUCGCAGAAAAAAGUCAAAACUUGCAUUUUUACCUUGCUCAUGAAUUAUAUCACAUGAGGUCAGAGUUAUAUUCCAGAGGUUCUGAUGAAAUUCUUUAACGACAAUUUGGAGCAAAAAAAUGCUAAAAUAAUAUUAGCAAAGGAAACAGCAGAAUCUGCCAUUGCUAUCGCCCUUGUUUUGUAGUGUACAUCGUUUAUACGUAUAUAUGCCCGUAACAUUAUAAGAAAAAAGACACAAUCGAGAACUUUAUUUACAUUCUAAAAAAAAUUAUACAGUUUGGUGUCCUCAAGAUUAAUUUUUUCCCAGUUGAACAAUCCUAUUUUCUAAUAAGGGUAAAUCGCGUGCUUGAACAAACGUUAUAAGCACUACGAUGUGCCUACCUUUAGGUAUAGGUAUAUAGAGCAACUGAUCCGGAAAAAUUUCGGCAUGAAGAUCCUAAACUGAAAUGUACCGAUUUUAUCGCCCGAAUGCUACUACAUAUUUGCGGUAUAACGACUACCCUCACAGGGCUCCGAUUUUUUCAUUUGUAAACUUAUAAAGUUGUUUUCGUUAGUCAAAUUUUCGUUUCACUUUGGUUUAUUGCUGUGUCUUUUGAACGUAUAGGACAACGUUUAAGUACUGCCCACAAACGCAGGUGCAGGUUCAAAUAUCAAUUUAUUUCAUCGGUGCUGUAACAGAGCAAUGGUUUAGCAAACUCAAGAAAAAAGAGUUAUUAUUUCCCUUGGCAAAAAUCCCCAUGUUUCACGUUGAUUAAUCUAGUUUAAUGUUUUAUGUUUGGCAGUUUUGUGAACGCUAUCGAAUCCGUAAAAUAUCUAUACCCAUAAACGCUAAUCUAGACUGGAGGGACGAAAACGCAAUGAAAAACGAAAACGAAGAGCAGCUGGUAAGAAAAUAUAUGAAUGAGCGUCUAUUAUCCAACCCCUUAGUAAACAAGUAAGCAUUAUAUACAAAUGAAAUAAUUUGACAAACGCGUGUGACUCGGAUCGACCGGAACGGAUUCGGUUUUGAUUAGUAAACUAGAUGCAAAACCCGAUGACAGUUUUUGUUAGGGUAAUAAAUUGCU